AUGUCGUCGCAAAGCCCCCAAAACUCGAGGCCGGGGACCGCGCGGAAGCGGUCGGAGAGUGCGUCGGCCCCGUGGCCGGCCUCGAUCGAUGCUACCAACGUUCGACCCGUUAGCAGAGACCGCUCGCAAUCCGUGACACACAACGAAGGGCAGCGACUACCACCGAGUGCAGAGUUAGGUGGCACCGAUCGUGUGUUUCCCAUUCGGUCGGUCGUCUCAGUUGAUCCAACCGCGGCGCAACAUGUCUCAUCCCGCGCGCGGGGUGCGGUCUCGCCAACCCGCGAGGGUGCUCGUCAGUACUCGAUUAUCGACCAACAUACUUGGCAGAACCUACAAUCCCAGCCUCAACAACCUCAAGAACCCACUAUGCCUACGGACACCCUACGCCACGAAACGGUUGCUUCCAACGAUCAGGCUGAAUUGGCCACCCACUCCAUGGCAUCCCGAGUUGCCCAGCAUCCAGAGAUAUACGCGAAGGUCAAAAGCGACAGCCAGUCUGCAAGGAGCGGCACUCCUCAACCGCCCUCGCGCCCUCUAGCCGACUCCAACGAGUCUUAUGGGCACGUUACGGCCCGGUUCAAGCAUAUCAUGACGGACAGUGGUCAUGCCGUUAUCACAGGACGAGACGGGGAAGCAUUUCAAUAUUGCGAGGAUGAGCCUAUUCGCAUUCCGGGAGCUGUUCAGAGCUUCGGCGUCAUGAUCGCGUUGCGAGAGGAGUCUCCGGAUCAACUUGUGGUUCGCGUAGUAAGCGAAAAUGCUCAUCAAUUUUUGGGCUAUUCCCCAAAACAACUCUUCGAAUUGAAAAGCUUUUGUGAUAUCUUGAAUAACGAUCAAGCCGAUUCAUUACUGGAUCAUAUCGACUUUGUCCGUGACGAUGCUUAUGACCCCGGUGUGGACGGGCCUGAAGUGUUUGGCUUGACUAUUCCCACGCCGGAUGGCGAGAACCGCCGUUUCUGGUGUGCGACGCAUGUCAGCCAGGCGCAGAAAGAUCUGAUCAUCUGCGAGCUGGAGUUGGAAGACGACGAGACGAACCCACUGAAUGUUGGUGGAUUGGAAACCCCAUCCAGUCCGACGGGGACGCUGGGAUCCUUCCCGACCGCGGAGCAGUUCGCUGGCAGUACCGUUAACAUCAGCCAACCGCUUCGGGUACUACGCAAUGCUCGACGAAGAAGGGGUGAGGCUGCAGCCAUGGAAGUCUUUAGCAUGUUGUCACAGAUCCAAGAGCAACUAGGUCGAGCAAAUGAUCUCGAUACUCUUCUCAACACUACGGUUGGACUAGUCAAGGAGCUGACAGGUUUCCAUCGCAUUAUGAUUUACCAGUUUGACAGCAGUUGGAAUGGCUUGGUUGUGGCGGAGUUGGUUGAUCCCAAGGUCACCAUUGAUCUCUACAAGGGUCUUCAUUUCCCGGCAUCUGAUAUUCCGGCACAGGCACGGGAGCUCUACAAAGUCAACAAGGUUCGUCUUCUUUACGAUCGUGACCAGAUUACCUCACGACUUGUGUGCCGGACGUUGGAGGAUUUGGAGACCCCCUUGGACAUGACCCACUCUUACUUGCGCGCCAUGUCACCAAUUCACAUCAAAUAUCUCGCUCACAUGAAAGUCCGAUCGUCAAUGUCUAUCAGUAUCAACGCUUUCAAUGAUCUUUGGGGAUUGAUCUCGUGUCACUCGUACGGAAACACUGGUAUGCGUGUUUCGUUCCCAGUUCGCAAGAUGUGCCGUCUUCUCGGUGACACCGUCUCCCGGAAUAUCGAACGUUUAUCGUACGCAUCUCGUCUCCAAGCUCGAAAGUUGAUCAAUACCGUGCCCACCGAAGCCAAUCCAUCUGGUUAUAUCAUCGCCUCCUCUGAUGACCUGCUACAACUGUUUGAUGCUGACUACGGUGCUCUGUCUAUUCGGGACGAGACGAAAGUCCUGGGUGACACUACACACUCCCAAGAGGUCCUUGCUCUUCUCGAAUUUCUCCGUAUGCGCCAGUUGAACACGGUGCUUGCCUCGCAUGAUAUCAUCAAGGACUUCCCAGACUUACAAUACGCCCCUGGCCUCAAAGCCAUUUCGGGAUUAUUGUAUGUCCCCCUCUCAACGGGCGGCAGUGACUUUAUCUGUUUCUUCCGUAAAGGUCAGCUCACCGAAAUCAAAUGGGCCGGCAAUCCGUACGACAUUGCAAAGCGGAAAGAAACGGCUGGAUAUUUGGAGCCACGCAGCAGUUUUGCGGCAUGGCGGGAGACUGUCCUCAGCCAAUCGCGCGAGUGGUCUGAAACGGAUGUCGAGACGGCUGCGGUUCUCUGCCUCGUCUAUGGUAAAUUCAUCAAAGUGUGGCGACAGAAAGAAGCGGCCAUGCAGAACUCCCAAUUAACCAAGCUUCUUCUCGCAAACUCGGCACACGAGGUUCGUACUCCUCUUAAUGCGAUCAUCAACUACUUGGAGAUUGCAUUAGAGGGUGCUCUAGAUUCGGAAACUCGAGAAAGUUUAACAAAAUCGCACUCUGCCUCCAAGUCCUUGAUCUAUGUCAUUAAUGAUCUACUGGAUCUCACCAACACCGAAAAGGGACACGAGCUUAUCAAAGACGAGACAUUCGAUCUUCAAACUACUUUCCGAGAGGCGACUGAUAUGCUUGCCGGCGAGGCCAAACGCAAAAACAUUUCGUACACUGUGUCUACCAAGCCUGGUCUGCCUCGAAUGGUGGUUGGCGAUCAACGUCGCGUGCGUCAAGUAUUCUCCAACCUCGUCUCCAAUGCUAUCCAACAAACCACCUCCGGCGCCGUCACAGUUGAGAUGUGGCGGUCUGCCAACCAAACCGUGCCUGGACAUGUUGGCGUGGAGAUGAUGGUCUUGGACACAGGAGCUGGCAUGUCGAAAUCCAAACUUGAAGCCAUCUUUUACGAGCUGGAGCAAGUCUCCACUGAUGAUACUUACUAUCAGGAGGAAGAUACCUCGACUACGCAAAAGUCGGAGACGAAGCGGGCCCUGGGACUUGGGCUUGCGUUGGUCGCAAGAAUCAUUCACAAUAUGCAGGGCCAGUUGGGAGUCAAAUCCGAAGAGGGCAAAGGUAGUCGGUUCAAGAUUCUCUUACAAUUCAAACUACCCGAGGGAGUAUCAACGGAAGUACCGCCCGAUGCUGUCAUACCUAGCUCUGCGGCCGUGCCGCCCACGCCUAUGAUCUCCGAUCGUGAAUUCACCUUGGUGGGUGGCGUUGCUGAACGUCGUGAAGAUCGACGGCUCAGCUCUGAAAGUCUUAGGAGUGGAGGCAGCUCUCGCAGUGGCAAGAGCCACGCUGAUCGUCUGAUAAGUGCCAUACAGGAACCUGCCCUGGUUCAGCGCGCCUUUAGCGACAGCUCCGAUCCGCGUCAGGUCAAACUAUCAACCAGCCCGCCUGUCAGUUCAAGCCAUUUGUCGGCAAACAUGAGUUCGCCACGGUCAAACAGCCUUAAGAGGGCAUCAGUGACACAUGAUCCGUUGGCUAGCCUGUCUGCAGUCACCCACACACCACCGCUUGCCCUGCAACCGUUCAAGACACCACCUGCUCCGGGCACCGCGAACGUCACCGAUUCUGGUGUGCCAAUGGGAGCUCUCCGAGUUUCCGAACGGGAUGUUCAACGUAGAGUCACCCAGCAGGCUGAGCAUCAGUCAUAUUUCCCACCCGUGCCUAUCCCGGGGACUGAAAAGUCAAUCGCGACUUCGGCAUCUGCCGUCCCCCCUUCGACUGUACCCACUUCGGUUCUUUCUACGACUCCCCCGCUACUUCACGUCCUCGUCGCAGAGGAUGACCCCGUCAACAGCAAAAUCAUCCAUAAACGGUUGACCAAAUUGGGUCACACCGUGGUACUUACCAACAACGGUGAAGCUUGCGCAAACACCUUUACCUCGGCCAGCCAAAACUUCGAUGUGGUCCUCAUGGACCUCCAAAUGCCUAUAGUCGAUGGGAUGACUGCAACCAAGAUGAUUCGUGAAUUUGAAUCCAAGACUCCGGAUUCACUGUCGUACAAAGCUCGGCAGAACGAACGUAUCCCUAUCUUCGCUGUGUCUGCUUCGCUGCUCGAGUCGGAGAAGCAGACAUACAUUGAUACGGGCUUUGAUGGCUGGGUCAUGAAGCCAAUUAACUUUACACGACUCAACGUUCUCUUAAGUGGUCUUUCCAAUCGCGACGCAAGGUCUUCAACCUCAUACAAACCUGGCCAGUGGGAAAAUGGCGGUUGGUUCAAUACAUGA